CAGGAGUGCGGGAAAUGUUUUGCUUUUAAUUCAUGCCUCCUGAUCCACCAGAGAAUCCACACAGGUGAGAAACCAUUCCAGUGCCAGGCAUGUGGGAAAUGUUUUUCUCAGAAUUCAAACCUCCUGUCUCACCAGAAGGUCCACACAGGAGAUAAACCUUACAGAUGUCAGGAGUGUGGGAAGUGUUUUUCUCUCAGUUCAUACCUUAUGCGUCACCAGAGGGUCCACGCAGGAGAGAAACCAUACAAAUGCCAAGAAUGUGGGAAAUGUUUUGCUUACCAUUCUCAGCUUGUCAAGCAUCGAAGAGUCCACACAGGAGAGAACCCAUACCGGUGCCAAGAGUGUGGGAAAUGUUUUGGUUAUAUGGCAGACCUUAUAAUGCAUGAGAGAGUCCACACUGGAGAGAAACCCUACAAAUGUCAGGAGUGUGGAAAAUGCUUUGCUCAAAAAACAGGCCUUGUGACUCAUCAAAGAGUCCACACAGGGGAGAAGCCAUACAAGUGCAAGGAGUGUAAUAAAUGUUUUACUCAGAAUUCAAGUCUUCUAAUCCAUCAGAGAAUACACACAGGAGAGAAGCCAUAUGUAUGCCAGGACUGUGGGAAAUGUUUUGCUUACAAUUCAGUGCUUGUGGAUCAUCAGAAAGUCCACACAAGGGAGAAACCAUUCCAGUGCCAGUACUGUGGGAAAUGCUUUGCUAACAAUUCACUGCUUGUGGAUCAUGAGAAAGUACACACAGGGGAGAAACCAUAUCAGUGCCAGGAAUGUGGGAAAUGUUUUUCUCUGAAUUCCAGUCUUCUGAUCCAUUGGAGAAUCCACACUGGAAAUAAACCUUACAAAUGCCAGGAGUGUGGGAAAUGUUAUGCGUUUAAUUCAUACCUUACUACACAUCAGAGAGUCCACACAGGGGAGAAGCCAUACAAAUGUCAGGAGUGUGGGAAAUGUUAUACUCGCAAUUCAAACCUUUUGAAGCAUCAAAGAAUCCAUAUAUGAGAGAGGAAGCACAGAAAUGCUUGUGUCAUUGUUAAUGUUUUUGUUUGGAAGCAGAACCUCUGACCACCAAUGACCAAAUGAUUCCACUACUAUGAGUGUGGGAAAUAUUUCACUCUUAAUUUUAAAAAAAAUUAGCUGUACACCUAAGACAAAUUAGUUAAGUGGCCAUUUUGUAAUGAAAUCAGCGUGCUGAAUUAUAUGUAAACUAUAGUGUGGCCCAUAUUGGU